UAUCACUUCGUAUCAUCCAUCUUUUCGAUUAUCGCACUGGUCCUUUGUCCAGACACUUACAAUGAUUUAAAACACAUGGGUGAUGUAUCGGAUCGAACUUGUCUUCUGGUGCCCUUACAUUGCAGGCUGCCACGCAUUUGGACAGUCUUCUAAUGUUCCUUUACAUCAAACCAAAUUGCUUUCGAUCUAUCAGAUGUUAACCCAAGUCUGGCGGGAGUGCUUCAGUGCGAUGCCUAUCCAAAUGCCAAUGGGCGAUCAGAGCCACCGCGUGAGUUUCUGGUCCCAGAUGGUUAUGAUCAAGACUAUGAGGCAAUGUUCCACCCAAAGAUACGCCACGGUCACUCCGUGCAAUGAUGAGUCGUCCUCCAGAUGGACUCAUACUUGAUAUCUGUGCAGUGCUUCGCCCAUCCAGCCUCAACUUAUUUGUCUGGAUACUGGGCAAUCAGUGUGGCGAUUGAAUAUAAGAGAUUGCAGGCGGUAACGGUUUGUGCUUCCAUCUGUUCGUGCUUCCUUCUGCAGAAGCUUCUUCGUCUCAGUGCUUAAUACAUUUCGUUCUCUAGUAUCUAUUAUCCAAUGGCUUUUCCAUGGACCCUCCUUUUCGCUUUAGCUAUAAUUGUGAUUGCGGGCAACUUUGCUUUCAAGCGUCCAAAGUAUCCUCCCGGGCCUCGUAAGCACUGGUUGUUGGGAAACUUGUACGAUAUCCCUCGUCAUGUGGACUGGGAUAAGCUCCUCGCCUGGAAGCGCGAGUUCGGUGACCUCGUAUAUCUUACUGCAUUCGGCAAAUCCGUUCUAGUACUCAACUCGCACACUGCGGUCAAAGAUUUGCUCGAUAAACGCGCGAAGAACUUCUCUCAUCGCCCACAAACCGUCAUGGCGGGUGAACUCUUUGGUCUCGGCAAGAGUAUGGCGCUUUUCGAGUACAACGAACGGUAUCGAGAACUCCGAAAGUUGACACAGCAAGCAUUUAGUCCAGACGGGUUGAGAAAAUACCAAGACGUCCAACUUGAUAUCGUCAAACUGUUUCUAGACAGUUUGCGCAAGGAUCCUAAUGACUUUAGGAUUCAAACUCGGCUCGCUGUCAGUCGCACAAUCCUUGCGGUGACGUAUGGGAUGCCCGUCAAGCUCGCGGAUGAAGGGUAUAUCGCAGACGCAGAAUUGACAACGAAGACGGUCACAAUGGCUACCUUUCCUGGUGCCUAUCUUGUCGAUCUUCUACCCUUCUUGAAAUAUCUUCCCUCGUGGUUUCCUGGUGCUGGCUUCAAGAAAGAAGGCGAAUACGGCUACAAGCUUAUCUCUAAACACGUUACUCGGCCUUUCAAUUACGUUCGUGAGAAGCUUGCCGAGGGCAUCGAACACCCAUCUUUCGUCUCGGACCUUCUCUCCGGAUCCGAGAACGUACGCAGACAUAAUAUUAUAGAGGACGAGAGAUGGUUGGAAGAUGUCAAAUGGGCUGCCGGGGGCAUGUUCUCGGCUGGCGUCGACACGUCGUACGCUACUAUUCUGGUUUUUUUCAUAUUAAUGGCUCGACACCCGGACGUUCAAGAAAGAGCUAGGGCUGAGAUUGAUGCCGUGACGGGCGGGCGUAGACCAGUUACUUCAGAGGAUCGUUCUAAAUUGCCUUAUUCUGCAGCGGUGAUGAAGGAGGUCACACGUUGGCAUGUUGUUGUGCCCACCGGUCUGUUCCGGCGAUCGGGAGACAGUGAGGUUUACAAUGGGCAGUUAAUUCCAGCAAACACGAUAGUUGUGCCUUGUAUUUGGUCGCUAUCUCAAGAAGUAGAAGACCCUGAACGGUUCGAUCCUGAGCGGUUCCUUCAUGAUAAUAAGACACCCAAUCCGUACGAAUAUAUUUUUGGGUUUGGACGACGGAUUUGUCCCGGCCGUUAUCUUGCGGAACACUUCAUCUUUCUUCUCACAGCGAACCUCCUGACCUUCUACAAUAUCAGUAUACCCAAGGCGUGCCCAGAGGGUUUGGCAUCUCCUUCUGAUGUAACAUUCACCCGGACCCUCACAAGUUAUCCUGAGCCUUUCGCGUGCGAUAUCAGACCCCGGUCGGAGAGACAUGCGGAAGAUGUUGCGGCAAUGGUUGCGGACUGAUAAGAUAUAUCAGGUUCGUAUUAGAGUGUUGAACUGUCGUUCAUACAUCCUUGUCAAAUAUAGUAUGUACUGGUAUGGAAAGUGAGUCGGCGCCGUGAGGGAACCAUUCUCUUUACC